CAAAUCUUUGACUCUCUGUAGCUCACGAUGACACAGAAUGACAAAUACAACCAUACAUUUAAAAGAAAAAGAAUUAAUCAAUAAUUGCAAUAGUUUUAUAUAGUAAUGGUUAAUUUCUUAAUCAAACAGUGUUACAUAUAGAAAUCGAAAUUAAAAAAUGGAUUCAGAGGUCGCUUUUAAGCUGUCGUUGUUCCCAUUCGAUUCUGCUGGGGGAUGAUGGGACUUUAGGGUUUCGAUUGGGGAAGAGGAGGUUUUGGCUUGGUUUUGGACCUCGCAGAGCUGAGAUUUGAGCGGGAAAAAUAUUAAGUUGGAUUUCAUCAAGUCCACAGAGCAUGAACUCUCCAUCAGCCCAUUUUGUCCCCGCAAGAAGGAUAGGAGUCUAUGACCCUAUCCACCAGAUUAACAUGUGGGGAGAAAACUUUAAAAGCAAUAGUAAUCUAAAUACAUCCGCAUCCUUGAUUGUGGAAGAAGUGAAACUUGAUGAUCAGUCAGAAGAUGCUUCACAUGGAACAGUGGGACCUUCUGACCAAUAUGACCAAGAAGCAACUAAACCUACUGAUAAGGCACAAAGACGUCUUGCCCAAAACCGGGAGGCUGCUCGUAAAAGCCGUUUGCGGAAAAAGGCCUAUGUUCAGCAGUUGGAAACAAGUCGUUUGAAGCUGAUUCAAAUAGAGCAAGAGCUUGAGCGUGCCCGGCAGCAGGGCUUAUACAUAGGUGGUGGGUUAGAUGCUAGUCAUAUGGGGUUCUCCGCAACUGUAAACUCAGGGGUUACUACAUUUGAGAUGGAGUAUGGACACUGGGUGGAAGAACAAAAUAGACAGAUCCGUGAUCUGAGGAGUUCUUUGAAUGCACAUAUAGGGGAUACAGAACUUCAAAUGCUGGUAAAUGAAGGCUUGUCGCACUAUUAUCAACUUUUCUGCAUCAAAGCAACCGCGGCAAAAGCUGACGUCUUCUAUGUGAUGUCUGGCAUGUGGAAAACAUCAGCUGAGCGUUUUUUCUUGUGGAUUGGAGGGCUUCGCCCUUCAGAACUUCUCAAGGUGCUUGCGUCUCAUAUUGGCCCCUUGACAGAACAACAACUCAUUGAGUUUCAUAGUCUUAGACAAUCAUGUAUGCAAGCUGAGGAUGCUCUUACGCAAGGUAUGGAUAAACUCCAGGCAAUUCUAGCCGAGAUUGUAGCAGAAACUUACCUUCCGCAGAUGGGUACUGCCGUGGAGAAGUUGGAAGGUCUAGUGUGCUUUGUGAUUGAGGCUGACCAUAUUCGGGAGGAAACCCUGCGUCAGAUGGAGCGCAUCCUGACUACCCGCCAGGCAGCUCGAGGUCUGCUUGCUUUGGGAGAAUACUUCCAACGCCUACGAGCUUUGAGCUCAGUUUGGGCUACUCGUCCUCGUGAGCCUGCUUAGUGUUACCAUGUAAGAGGGUACAAGCUCAAAAUUUAAAUGAGGUUUUCACAAGUCACAACCAGCGUCAUGCCUCAGCCACCAGAGGGGCCUUUAGUAAUGCUGUUAUGAAGAUAUAUAGACGCGAUCCAAUUUGCUGACAUUUUUCAGUCAGCCUCCAGCCCCUGAGAAGUUGUAUAUACUAUUAGCCAUUUUAUCUUAGAGGAAAUUUGUAGUUAAGGUUAUUUUUAGUGCUUGUACAUUAUCUUGUCUUAAAAGUUCAUAUAUUUCAGAUUUAAAUUUUAAGUUUACAGUUGGAACUA